GCCGCGCAAUCCCACUAACGUUUUUCACGUGCCUCGCUCAAAGCUGGCGCUGCCGGAAGCGAGGCGAUGCGAUUUUUGUUUGGCGGCAUUUAAAUUUGUCGCCGUGUGUGUACUCGACUUCAGUUUGAACUGGGACCCCCAAAACAUUCAGCCAUGGACCUGAACGACCUGGAAAUGACCCAGGUCAUCAACGGACCCGACGAUUCCGAAGACGAAAUCGACCGAGAGAUACGGGCUGUGCUGAAGCUGCACGACCAAGACGCACCUGCCGCAUUUCAGACUUUCAGCCUGAAGCCAGGUCCCAACGUGGUCGGCCGUUCUCGAACAUGCGAUGUCAUCAUCGAGAACUAUGCUGUGUCAAAGCAACAUGCCGUCAUCGACGUCGGCGGCCACAGCUGCACAAUCGUGGACCUCGGCAGUCAGAAUAAGGUCAAGAUUGGCAAACGAACGCUAAAGCCAAACUGCCAGUAUAACCUCGACUAUGGUGAGGAAUUCACCAUAGCCGGUCUCAGGGCCCGCGUCCUUUGCGACCAAAACAAUGGUGCCAACAGCGACACCGGCUCAGACACAUGCUCCGAAUCCCUUCUGACAGCAAUCGAAGUUGCCCUGGACCAAGAGGGCGUUGACAUCAAAGCCCUGGCGGGGUGCGACAGCAACGAAAAGCAAGACCUUCCUCCUGCGGCGUCUGAACUUGAUGUAGCAGCUGUGACUGCAGAAAUGUCUAGUGUGAACGCCUUGGAGAACCAGGCUGCAGAGAAGUCGCAGGAUGCAAAGGCGCACAGCAGUGAGCACCAGUCCAGCGGAAGCUUCAACCUGCCAGAGAUGCCCAACCUAGACUACACCCAGACCGAUAGCUCGCCAGGGACCGAGCCUUAUGUGGGGGCAGGCCACGAACCCCAGAGGAGCCAGGAAGGCGCUGAAACGGUUGUUCCAGCAGCUGAAGUCCCUGCAAGUGGUAAUGCACCCACAGCGAAAGAUGCACAUCCCUGCACCUCGAAACAGUCGUACUCCAACGACGCCGGUGACGGAAAUGCCAGAGACACUUGCAAGCUUGCAGCAGCGGAUGAAGAAAGUUGUUUAAGCGCAGAAACUCAAGCUUAUACCGAAUGUCCCGAAGUGCCUUUUCUUUCUAGCCAUGGUGAAGGUGUUGACGCGGCAGCGGAUGAAAUGGAGCGGCUUAAUGCUCCAACACAAGCGUACGAGGACGACGCAUCUGCGGAGGCCGAACGUCUCAACGCGCCAACACAGGCGUACACAGAGAAAGAGGACGUUGAGAGGUUGAAUGCAGUAACGCAGCCUUACGCAGCAGAUGUCGGCAUGGAUGAAGAAGAAAGGCUGAAUGCCGUGACACAGCCAUACGCAGCAGACAACUGUGACGACGAAGAAAAGCUGAAUGCGGUGACGCAGCCGUACACUGUAAGCGUCAAUGAGGAGGAAGAAGAAAGAUUGAAUGCGGUGACACAGCCGUAUGCAGCGGCGAAUGUCAGCCAGAGUGAACACGAUAGAAUGAAUGAUGUUACCCAUUCAUUCAAUGACGAGGAGGAUGACAUGGUGGGAGACUCUGUGUGCGCUCCUACGCAACCGGAGGAAAGACACCGUCGCCUUCUGACAGGUCCAUCCGAGCUCAGUUUUGUCCUGUGCGAAGCGUCCCAGCCGUGCCGCGAGGACUACGGAGAGGGCGAUGACGAGGAGUUCUGUGCACCAACGCAGAAGGACGAAUCUCCGCCCCUGAAAGUCCAUGCACUGCUGAAGCAUAGGCGAGAGAGGGGACCGGUGGCGGAAGACGACGACAAGACGCCCCCGCUGUCCCCAAAAACCACUGUCGAUGAAACGCCGCCGCCUUCCCCCGGAUUCGUGCCGGAGAGCGAUCCCGAAGACGAUGGUGACGCAAGCAUGGUCACAGCUCUGCACUCACCAUCCCUCCUUAACGUCACGGGCACGACAGUCUAUGAAGACUGCGUGACACCUGGCAGCGGCAUCACUUCGCCUGUCCUCGGAAAGGUGUCGGCCAGACGGCAGAGGAGGGGAAUGAGUCUCAAGAAACCCACUUGCGACACCGUUCUUGAGCUUCCCAGUCAGGAGAGCGCCGCGGGUGCGGAAUGGAUGCAGCAGCAGCAGCAGCAAGAAGACUCCUCCUCACAGUCAAAGGCAUCCAGGAAGCUCACUUACGUCGCAGAAGCGGGCGAAGACAACGAUCUCGACUUGAGGGCUGCGGAUGCACCACUAGCGGAGCCAUUGGUGAGCGAGGUUGAACGUACCGACGGAAUCGUCACAACCACCUGUAGUUCACCAAGCAUACCUGUGAAGCCACAAGAGAGCGUAAAUGCUAAUGAGAGCAUGAGCGCUGAAUACAGUGAGAUGCCCUUGCUGCACAUGAGUGAGGAUAUAGACCUUGAUGGAGCCGCUACUGAUAAGGAAGAUAGCACUGCUUGUGAUACCACUGCUGUGCAGGAAAAAGGGCCUGCCGAAGCCUGUACAAGCAGUGAAAUACCAGCAAGUACUGGCAGGUCAUCUAGUGACGGGACAGUGCCCAAAGAAGCUUGCGAGGAGGAGCAGGAAGAGACUCUUGAAAAAGACGAACCAGCAAAUGCUCCUUCCAAAAAUGAAAGUAGCACAGCUUCUCUAAGGAAGGGCAGUGAGGAACCGUCUGCUGAACCAGAGACAGUGCCUGAAAAAACUUGCGAGGAAGAGCAGGCUCUUAAAAAUGACGAGCCUGCAAACGUUUCAUCCGAAAGCGAGGAAGAAGGUAGCAGAGUCUCCAAAAGGAGGGGAAAGAAAAAGCCACCAGCGAGAACGGCACGGCGCACGAGGAAAGCGGCGUCCACGAAUGAAGCGAAAAAAGACCCAGUGGAGAACAACACCGUGCCGACGCGAAGGAGCAGCGGGCGUCAGAAUGCUGGCUCGAGAAUGAAGUCCCUCUUGUCCUUGGAGAAAAGGACUUCUGCAUCGGGCGCUUUCAAGGAGAGUGAACUUUCGCAGGAGGUCAACGAUGAACGAGGCACUCGUGACGAUGAUGGACCUGCAGGAGAAUCGCACGGGAAAGCGGGCAGGCCCAGAACAAGGCGCGGGCUGAAGGGCAAAGCUGCUGCGAAGGAGGACGAACCAGAAGUUGCUCCUCCAUGUCCCAGUAAAAAUCUGCCCAGUGCUAGAGAAUCGGACGUUCCCUCCAGCUCUGACGGAGAUGAGAAUAAAAAGCCUUCAGUGAAGCCUGGUGAGGAUGACGUUGAGGGUGAGGCAGAGACCAGUGACGGCACUCGAGUUGACAAUAACGAAGAGUGCCAACCGAAGGCAGGACCGUCAGGUCACCAGGAAGGUGAGGAUGCGGAUGAUGCCCUGAGCACGGCCUCGCUUACACCCUCUUUAGGAGAUGGUGACGUCAGUUGCACAAACGCCACUAUUGACACCUGCUUCUCCGAACCACUCCCAACUUUCUCGGAAGUGAUGGCGGAAUGUCAGCCGUAUAUUGGAGAUACUGAGGCCCAAGACGAGAAAAAUGAGCCCGCUGAAGAACAGGAAGAUACUGCAGCCGAGCCAGCUGCCGAAAGCAAAGCCACGGCUCCUGCAGUGUCAGAGCCAGAACCUGCAGUCGUAGAGCCCGUUCGAGCUUCGCGAUCGAAACGUCCGAGGGGAGGAGUUUCCACGACAAAUUUGAAAGCGUCAAAAGUGGACGAGGAGUUGCCCAAAACGCGUCGCAAGGUCGCUCGAGGUGCACGAGAAGAACCGCUCGCAGAAGCCGAGGUGCUUGCGGAAGACCCUGCAAGCAGUGUUGAGCAACCAGAGGCACCACAGCUCUCGAACGGAGCCAAGCGCGGACGUCUGUACAGCAGUGCAGUUGGUAGGAGGGCAGUGCCCAGUGUUGCGGAUGUGGUCUCCAAAAUCUCUGAAGACGUGGAGGAAUCUGAAGGAGAGACCGACAAAGACCUUGCAGAAGACCAUACAAGUAGCGUUCAGCGAUCGGAGGCAAAACAGUCAGCUGCAUCACAACAGUCUAACAGAGCCAGGCGUGGACGUCCAUUCCACCAUGGGGCUGGUAAAAAUGCAGUGCCCAGCGUUAGCAACAAGAUUGUCGAAGAUGUGGAGCAAUCGGAAGGUGAGACUGAACCACACUUGGCAGAAGAGCGUUUAAGCGGCGUUGAACAACCAGAAGCUGCACAAUCAGCUGCAUCGCAGCAGUCCAACAGGGCCAGGCGUGGACGUCCAUUCCGUAGUGCAGUUGGCAGAAAGGCAGUGCCCAACAUCACUGCCGCCAAAGUCACUGAAGACUUGGAGCAAUCCGAAGGGGACCGCAACACAGACCGCCUUUCAGCACAGGAGACGGAAAGCAUUGAUGGAACGCUGUCGGAAGCUUCGGAGUGUUCACCAUCAUCUCGAAGAAAAGCUAUUCCGCAUAUCGAGGUGUCGAAAGCUACCUGCCGAGGCGCAAGACGGUUGCUGCAGUUGAAUGCUAAACGGGGCGGUGAGGAGGCUGCUUCAGAAUCUGACACGGACCACCUUUCGGCACAGGACACAGAGAGCAUUCAUGGAACACCGUCAAAUGCCGGUGAAACUUUGACUUCUGAAGCAGAACCUGUUCCAUCUCAGUCCCUGUCAAGGGCUUCUGCCCGGCGUGGGGCAAAAAAUGCAAGGUUGUCAUUACGGCGAGACACGGAACAGGCGGACCAGGCUGCUUCAGAAGGCCCAGCAGCUGAAAACAUCGAAGAGCCACCACAAAAUGUAAGAGCUUCUCAACGUGGAAGAACUAGUGCAAAGACACGUUCAGGUCGAGAGGAGGAGGCUAGCGAUGUGGCAGCAGCAGAUGUCUCUCUGGAAUGCGUCGAAUUGUCCCAGAGCCCACGAACAUCUCAACGUGAUAAGAGAGGAGCAAAAAUAUCGCGAGAAAAAGACGAGCCAUUUGUUCAAAGCUUGUUGGACGACUCGACGCAAUCACUUCAGACGGAGGCUCAUUCGCAGAACUCUCGGAGUUCUCAGCGGGGAAGGCGAAAUGCGAAGAAACCAGAGACUCAAGACAACUUGACUUCGGAAGAGAAUCAAGAUGUGCCACCUGUUCAAAGCGCAGUGGAUGAUUCCACGCAGUCUCUUUCCACAGAGUCUCAUUCGCAGGCCUCUCGGAGUGCCCAGCGAGGAAGGCGAAAUGCGAAGAAACCAGAGACUCUGGACAACUUAACUCCUGAGGAGAAUCAAGAUGCGCCACCUGUUCAAAGCGCAGUGGAUGAUUCCACGCAGUCUCUUGACACUGAGUCUCAUUCACAGACCUCUCGGAGUUCCCAGCGGACAAGGCGAAAUGUGAAGCAAAUCGAGACGCAAGACUUGACACCAGAGGAGACUGAAGACACGCAUGUCGAAAGCGUGUUAGACGACUCUACGCAGUCUCUUUCCAUGGAGUCUCAUUCAAAGACCUCUCAAGGUUCCCUGCUGGGGAAGCGAAAUGCAAAGAAACCCAAGAUGCAGAACAAGUUGACUGCCGAAGGGACUGGAGAUGCGCCACCCGUUCAAAGCACGUUGGACGACUCCACGCACUCGCUUUCCAAGGAGUGUCAAUCGCAGAACUCUCGAAGUUCCCGCCUGGGAAGGCGAAAUGUAAAGCAACCCGAGACUAUGAACAACGCCACACCUGAGGGGACUGAUGUUCAAACGGACGUGGAUGCGCAAGAUGCCAAACCAUCGAGGCAUGGCCGGAAGGCCCUCAAGUUGUCUCAGGAAGUGGGGAGUCGAACCAUUGCCAGUGCAGGAGAAAACACUCUCGCUUCUGCAGAACCUGGAACCCAGAGAACUCGGCGGGGAGGAGACACUGCUGAAACGUCCUCGCAGAACGAGCAAGUCCGCCUCGCUCCCGAAGCUGCAGAAGGAGUGGAACCCUCGGAGAAUGCCAGCACAGAAGUGGUGCCUCGUAGUGCGCCAACACGACGCGGAAGAAAAGCAGCGCAGCCGACUCGAAAGCGGGGUGGCAGCAAGAACGUCCCCGAAGACGACACUGUAACUGAGACUUUCGAUACUCCCGAACCCACAAAUCCAAGAAGUUCAAAGGCACUGAGGACAGCAAACCUUUCACUGCCAAAACCCACUGAAGAUACAGAAGUUCUCGUCAAGGUAGAGCCCCCAAGUCCAAGAACGUCUCAGCGCAGGAGCGCGAAGACUGCGCAAGUCUCGUCUGAGGAAACCGAACAAACGAACAAUGGUGACUCUGCAAAAGUCUCUUCAAGGUUCAAGCGCAAGGUCACAAAGGUCAACACCAAAGACGUCACGGCAGAGGCAGAGACCGAGGAGGCUCUGAGCUCAGAGUCUACGUCGCGAAGUCCGACGUCCAGGAUGCCAGCUCCCCCCGUGCCGGUGACGAGAAAGAGGGACGCUCGGCGAGCUGGCAGAAAGGAUGACCCAUCGCCGCCCACUGUGGAACCUGUGCUCGAAACUUCGGAAGAGACUUCACUGCUGUGCCCUGUGCAAAGGGUUGGCAGGAAAAGGCACAUCGCCUCGAUGAGCUUCGGCGAAGCGAGGCACGAGUCUGACGAUGAAGCUGUUGACAACGAGCAAGAGACGCUGGAUGAGGUAACGGUCAAGCUUGGGUCUAAGUCUCGACGAAAGGCACCGGCCAAGGAAGCGGCCAUCAAGCAGGAAGUGGUAGAGAAAGCACCGGCAAGGCGAGGCAAGAGAAAAGCUGACCUGCCCAAAGCCGAGGCGCCACAAGAAGCAAAAGCUCGACAGGACGAACAGGUGGACUCUUCGCCGGCACCCAAGAAAACCGCAAAGGUGAAGCCAAAGGUCCUGUUCACUGGAAUCGACGACACGAGAACCGAAGAGCAGGUGGUGCGGGACCUCGGUGGGAUCAUCGCCACAAAUGCUUCUGCGUGCACGCAUUUGGUCACUGAUAAGUUUCGAAGAACAGUCAAGGCGCUUUGCUGCAUCGGCAAGGGCACGCCAAUCGUCGACGUCGCGUGGAUCAAGAAGUGCCAGGAGGCUGGUGCCUUUGUCGACCACGUGCCUCACAUGCUGCUCGACAAGAAGGCAGAGAAGGCCCUGAACUUCAACCUCAGGGAUACGUUGACCAAGGCAUCGACGGGCGGCGUGCUGCGGGGGUGGAGCGUCCAUGCCACCGCGCAUGUCCUACCGUCCCCCAGCGACAUGAAAGAAAUCGUGGCUUGCGCCGGAGGCAAGUACUUGGACAACUUGCCGGCACGCACGUCGACCGGCACUACAGUCGUCAUUUCGUGCAAGCAGGACUUGAAAGCUUGUGCACGCGUGCGGAACCAUGGCAUUCCGGUGGUCGCCGCCGAGUUCAUUCUGUCCGGAUUGCUUCAGCACAAUCUCAACGUGGAUGCGCAUCGACUUGAGUGAAAAUCGGAAGCCUCCGGAGCAGGAAGUUCAGUCGGCUGUUUGAAAGUCUCCAUUCAGCAGCUUUUUAGCUUUUUUUCUUGUUUUUCUUUUUUUUUUAUCGACACCCAGCAUUGCUGUACGUUUUAACGGACAGUUCGUCUGCAUUUAUUGUAUAUAUUGUAUAAAAAAAAGUACCUUCAACUGUAAUAUAAGCCUCUUUUUUUUUUUAAAUGCGACAACUCUAUCAUGCUAGCCACAUUACAUGCUACAACAUCGCAUUGCAUAACUGAUCAAAUAUUUUUGUUUACUGUACCAUUGCUUCUUCUUUAGCCGAUGUUUUUAUCCCUUGACACUGCAGGCACUGUCAUGCAUGGUAAUAUUGUACCAAUAAAUACUUUUGCAAAAAAUAAA